AUGAAGAUCUCAGCCACCGCCAUCAUCUUCGCAUUCGCCGCGCUGGCCAGCGCCUCCACCGUCGACGUCGAGGGCGUCUCCGGCCUCCGCCGCGACAGCCUCGCCCUCGACACCCGCCAGAACCGGAACGGCGGCGCCAACAACGGCCGCCCCGUUCCCACCGGCGCCUGCUGCGUCGAGGCGACCAGCCUGAAGCAGGACGUCUGCAACGUCAACGGCCAGCAGGGCCGCUGCGUGCCGGCUGGCGUCAACAACUGCGGCACACGGCUUACCUGCAUCGAGCAGAACAGGCUGACCUGCAACCCCAACCAGCUGGAGCGAGGCCGGCCCCUGUGCAGACUUCGCCAGGGUGCGUAA